AUGUCGGCAGCAGGUGCCGGGCCAUCGGGCGCCGCCAGCAGCCGCAAGAGCCGUGGCGGGCGGAAGAAGCGAGCGCGGGGAGAGUCCAAGAUUGUGAUGCUCUACCAGCAGACGGUGGCAGAGAAACGGACCGAGCUGAUGCUGCAGAGGGAGAAUCCGUCGGGCAAGGACGAGGCGACGCACAAUGCAGAGAUUCGCGAGCUGCGGCUGGAGCUCGAGGCGGCGCGGCUGCAGCUGGCCAACGCCAUUUUGGCCGACAAGGUCAACGAACACCGCGACAUGCAGAGCCUCGACCUCAAGUCGUAUGGAUAUCCUGACGUGCCCGAGUCGAUCUCGGCGCUGACUAACCUGACCGAGCUCGACCUCUCGUACAACACCGUCCGCGAGCUCGAUCCUGCGCUGUUCUCGUCACUCCCACGGCUCCAGACCUUCCGCAUGGUCCAGAACGAGCUUAUUGAGCUCCCGGAGACUAUCAAGUUUUGCACUGAGCUUGACGAGCUCGAUCUGCGGUGGAACUUUCUCGGCGAUGUGCCCGAUGGCCUGUUUCUCUGCAAGCGGCUGACCAAGCUGCUGCUCUCGUACAACCAGCUUGCAGAGCUCCCGCAGGGAGUGACCGAGCUUAAGGCGCUGCAAGUGCUCAAGCUCGACGUCAACCGGAUGAUGUCGCUACCGUCGCUCAAGGGCCUCGAUUCGCUGCAGGUGCUGGCCAUGUCGCGGUUGGGCAACUAUGAGGAGCGCAAGAGCGGCAUCAAGCGCGAGCGGACCCACCGCCGCAAGUUCAACAUGCUCCCGCCGGGCAUUGAGGCGUGCACCUCGCUCACAGAGCUGUACGCUGUCAACAACCAGAUCAAGGAGCUGCCUGAGGCCGUGUGCGAGAAGCUCACCCGGCUCACCAAGCUGCAUCUCAACGGCAACCGCCUCGCCACCCUCCCGCAGUCUUUCACCAACCUUGUGCGGCUCCGCGAGUGCGAUCUCUCGCGCAACAGGCUGACCAAGCAAGCGUUGCAGGGCUUUAGCAACAUCCGCGCCAUCAUGACCUCGCUCUUCACCCCACCGCAUGGUGGUGAGAAGCCGCCGUUCUUCUCCAUCGAGGGCAAUGUCGGCAUCGACGAGCUGGAGGAUCUCAACACCAACAACGAUGCCCAGGACGAUCUUGACAAUGGUGACCUGAGCGACUCGUCCGACGUGUAG